AUGGCCGAUAACGUUGAAACCGCCCUUGCAAAAAUCCGUCCGCACACAUCCUCUGCCCUCGCGCACCAAAAGGCUCCUGCGACCCUCCUCCGUGCGAUCGAGGCUACCUUCCGCGAACAAAACACCGAGCCCUCUGCGACAGCAUAUUUCGCUGCUCUUCUAACUUCCCUUGAUGGCUCCCUUCAGUCUUCGCGAGCUUCAGGCCCUGCUCUUGGGGAUGGCGAUCUCCUUCCCGCCGUGCUCUACCUUCUCGCAGCAGUCACUCCGUAUAUCCCUCAACCAGUGAUUCGCUCACAUCUAUCGACUAUCAUCACCUUGACUUCCCCACUCUUCCCUGCUCUGUCUGCACAUGCCCCGCCUCUCCGCUCUCAACUCACUCUCUAUGGGACUGUGAUUCUUGCUCUUGAUCGCUCUCAGCUCGACAGUCAGGGCCUCCGGCAGGCCUUCAUGACCAUCUUGCAGCUAACCCUUGACCCUCGUCCAAAAGUGAGAAAGAAGGCGGCAGAAAUUGUUAAGGACGUCCUCGCCGCGCCCCCGCCUCCUUCUCUGAAGCAUCCUUAUGCCGAGAAAGUAGCAGAGUGGGUCAAGGCAGCUCUCGAAGAAGUCUGCGCGGGCGGCCUCCCAAAAUUCAAGGGAAAGAAGGCAGAGACUGAGGGGUCCGACGCCGCCAUUCAUCUUCUGGCCUUUCUCCGUCCCGUGCUCCCCUCCUUGCCCUCUGAGUCAUUGUCCUCUAUCACGUCUUCGCUCCUACUGUUUCCUCGCUUAGGGAACCCGUACCUAUCCCAAUCGGCAUAUUCUAUCCUCUCCGAACUUCUGGCACUCUCAAUGGACGACCCGACCGUGAACCUGCAGUCUCAUAUGUCUGAGCUCCUGAAAGUCAUUCUCUCGGCCCCACCUCUCCGUAGCGACGCUGCCCUCACUGCUGCAUGGGCCAACGUCCUCGGAAGCACGAUGCUCGCAUACCACCAAGCGAAUCCGGAAGAAUGCGCUGCAGAGCUGGGGAAGGUUUGGAAGGCGAUUUGGAACCUGCUCGAAUCGUCCGAUGCUGCGACGCGCAAGGCAGCUGCCGAUGCUCUAGCUACGCUUGGACAAUGCUUCACGACGACUCUCAUCAAAGCAGCUGUCAAGGAGAAAAGCUCAGAUGAGCCGAAAUCUGCCAUCGGCAAGAUUAUCGCGCAGUCUACGAAGGCACUGGACUCGCUUGCAUACGCCCGCGCAAUACCUGACAUUCUCGCCGUCGUUGCAUCCCUCAUCGAGAACCUCAAGUCUCGUAACGGGUCGAGGAAGAACACAACUGCAGCCGAACAGCUGUUGUUGCCUCUCAUCACGAAGGUCGCAGACCUCAGAGUACAGAAGACCUUCGAGUACAAGGAGACCGCAGACGCAACACUCGGUGUCGCUAUGCGUGUUCUCGGGCCGGCAGUAUUGCUACGCGUAUUGCCUCUCAACUUGGAGCAAGUCGAUAGGCAAGCCGGCCGCGAGCCUCGGGCUUUCUUACUACCGCUACUCGCCCAACCACACCCUUCGCCCCUUGGCCACUUCGUGUCGUACUUCGUCCCACUGACAGAACGAAUGUUCGAGCUCCAGAGUACUGCCGAAACCGAAGGUCGCCAAUCGGAAGCCAAGGUCUGGAGCGUUCUUAUCGAGCAGAUCUGGGUUGGUCUUCCCGGAUACUGCUGGGGCGCUCCUGAUCUCAAGCAGUCCCUCACGGCGCAGUUCUCGCAGCUGCUGUCGCAGCUCUUGUACGGCCAGCCAGCGCUCCGUCCCGCUGUGCUCCGAGCACUAAAGGUCAUGGUUGACUCGAACGUUGCCCUUGCCAGUGAGGACCCGGACAGAAUCGCCAAGCUCCCCGAGAGUGUCCGCACCGACCCUAUCACCGCGGCCGAAGCACAAGCGAAUAUAGACUUCCUCCGUUCUCAGGCGGAGAGCUGGCUCGCCGUGUUGUUCAACGUCUUCGGUAGCGUUGGUCGAGAUAACCAGCAUAUGGUCGGGGACGUGAUCAGCUCGUGGAUCGCUAUAGCGGAUGCGAAGGAAGUAACACAGGCAUACCAUAAGCUUGUCACGCUCUUCAAGCAGAACCUCGUCAAGGCGCAAUCCGCACCCGCUCCCAGGGGGCCUACGUCUGACAGCGUGACAGUCAUGAGCCAGGACCUCCUCUUGCUCGCGCUCCCGUACCUGUCGCCCGAGGACGCGACGGCGCUGUUCGCCAUGUUCCUCACGAGCGACGUGCUCGAGAGCCGGGACAACGGCGUCCAAAAGCGCGGCUACAAAGUCCUGACGCGCCUCGUGGAGUCUGGCAAGGUGCAGGUGGACGCGGCGGUCGUGCUCAAGAAGCUCGAGGGGCUAGUCGAGGACCUCGCGGCGGCGGCCAAGAAGGACCGAUUCCAGCUACUCGCGGCACUCAUCGCUGUCAUUCCACAGGAUGCGCUGCACCUAAUUCCUUCGAUCAUUCCGGAGGCGGUUCUGGGUACGAAGGAGCCGUCGGAGAAGGCGCGAAAUGCAGCGUUCGACGUCAUUGUGGCUAUGGGCAGGAAGAUGGCUGCUGGUGGUGUUGUGAAGCGCCAGAUGCUUGAGGAUAUGGCUGACGAUGGAGCUGGCGAAGCCGCCGGUAACAUUGAGGAAUACCUGACGAUGGUCUGUGGUGGACUGGCUGGCGCGUCCCCGCACAUGAUUAGCGCAACUGUCACCGCGGUCUCUCGUCUCAUCUUUGAGUUCAAAAAUAGCAUCUCUGCCAACAUGCAAUCCGAGAUCUUUACUACUCUUCUCGUCUUUGUUACAUCCGCCAACCGCGAAAUUGUCAAGUCCGUCCUUGGCUUCGUUAAGCUCGCCAUACACACCAUGCCCGCCGAUCUGAUCCGCCCGCACCUCAAGGACCUCGUCCCCGCGCUGCUGAAGUGGUCGCACGACCACAAGAACCACUUUAAGGCCAAGGUUCGGCACAUCUUCGAGCGCAUGCUCCGGCGCUUCGGCUGGGAGGACGUCUACGCGUGCGCGCAGGAGGAAGAGGCGCGCAAGGUGCUGCUGAACAUUAAGAAGCGCAAGGACCGCGCCAAGCGUAAACGCGCGAAUGCGGCUGACGACGAAGACGAAGACGUGCCGAAGGCGAAGCCGGCAGCGGGCGACGCGUUCGAGGACGUGCUCUAUGGCAGUGAGAGCGAGAUCGAGGACAGCGACGAGGAGGACGCUCCCGCCCAGAGUGCAGGCCAGGUGAAGCGCAAGGGCAAGGAUGCCGGCGCGAGGCUGAGGGUGGACGACGAUGAGCCCAUGGAUCUUCUGUCUGGAGCUGCAUCUCGCGUCACCAGUAUGUGUUCCGCCAACGCUGGUAAGCGCAAGAAGCCAGGACAAGACGCUGCGCACUUCAAGAUAGACGGAGACACGGGCAAGAUGGUCAUCGAUGACUCCGACGAGGAAGGAGCAGCAGCCGCAGGUGACGAAGACGUAGAGGGCAAUGCUUAUCGCGAGCACCUCACGUCAGUCGACGGCUUCACGCGCGGGCCGAAUGGCAAGAUUAAGUUCAACAAGGACACGAAAAAGCGCAGACGAGAGAACGAGGAAGCGGAUGGGGACAUUGAGAUGGCAGAUGGAGAGGCUCAGAAGGCAGCUGGAAAGAAGACGAAGCGGAAGAUGGAGCCAAAGUUGGGGCACGAGUUCAAGGCGAAGAAAGCCGGCGGAGACGUCAAAAAGGGAGGCGUGGACCCAUACGCCUACUUGUCUCUCUCGCAGGCUGCGAAGAAGCAGAAUCGAGGCAGCCGGAUUGGUAUCGCAGGCAAACGCUGA